AUGGUUACCUCUCAUUACGACCGGACUAUAGAAGUCGAAGUUCCCAUCAAUAUUGCACUUAUCAAGUACUGGGGCAAAAGAGAUGAGUUGUUCUUGGAUGACUUAGAAAAGGAAGUUGGUAGCAGCGAAGGAAUGCAACGGACUGUCCGCACAAGCGACCUGACCCAAUAUCGUGCCCAAGUUAUUGUUCCCCAAAGAAUCAAAAGGAUAAUUCAUGCAUUCGAAUCACGUGAUUUUCCUGAAUUCGGACGUGUCGUCAUGGCAGAUAGUAACCAACUUCAUGCUAUUUGUAUGGACACGUUCCCUCCUCUCAAGUAUAUGUCGGAUGCAUCAUGGCAGGUCAUUCGAGCAGUGAAUGAGUUCAAUACUGAUGGAAUUCGAGCCGCAUACACCUUUGAUGCUGGUCCUAACGCGUGCAUUUUUCUGGAGCAGGGAAAUGUGAAAGCAUUUUUGGAGCAACUUUGUCAACAUUUCGUUAUUCCUGAAGAAAUCGUAGCCAGUUGUUUACAAGCAGCAGGCGAUUUUAAUCACGAGACUGUUCCUAGAACUUCAUUUGUUAUCAAAAAUGUGAUCAUAAGUAAG